UCCCUGCUUGAGCCAUCGCUGUUUCUUGCCUCUCCCACUCAUCAUCUUCGCCUGUCUCUGAUUAAGAUCGUUGACCUCUCUCUCUCUUUCAUGGAUUCAGCCAAGGAGGUUUCGCUCGAGAUCUUCCCCUACAUCAGAGUCUACAAAGACGGCACCUUCGACCGCCUUGCCGGCUUCGAGAUCGCCCCGCCCGGCCUCGACCCCGAGACCCGAGUUGAGUCCAAGGACGUCCUCAUCCUCCCCGACGUUGGCGUCUCCGCCCGUAUCUACCGCCCCUCCUCCGCGUCCGCUGCCACGAAGCUCCCCCUCGUCGUCUACUUCCACGGCGGGGCCUUCAUCAUCUCCUCCAUCGCCGACCCCAAGUAUCACUCCAGCCUCAACGCCCUUGUCGCCGAGUGCAACAUCGUCCUCGUCUCCGUUGACUAUCGCCGAGUCCCCGAGCACUCCCUCCCUGCCGCCUACGAUGACUCCUGGGCUGCUCUGCAGUGGAUCGCAUCGGAGGAAGCCCGGUGCGAGCCGUGGCUCAGGGACCAUGCGGACUUCGACCGGCUCUUCCUCGUCGGUGACAGCGGCGGCGCCAACAUGUCGCACCACCUGGCCAUGCGACUCAGGGAUGACGUACUCGGCAAGCGGGUCAAGCUCUCGGGGAUCGCGAUGUUACAACCCUACUUCUGGGGCGAGACCCCGAUCGGGGUAGAGGUGUCGGACCCUGGUCGGAAGGCGUGGGUGGACAGCUGGUGGCGGUUCGUGUGCGUGUCGGACAAGGGGUGCGACGACCCGCUGAUCAACCCGUUCGCGGACGGGGCCACCGGUGUGGACGGGCUGGCGUGCAAGAAGGUGCUGGUUAUCGUGAGCGAGAAGGACAUUCUGAGGGACAGAGGGAGGAUGUACUACGAGAAGCUGGUGGAGAGCGGCGGGGCGGCGGUGGCGGCGGAGUUCAUGGAGAUCGAGGGCGUGGAUCACGUGUUCCAAAUCAUGGACCCAAGCUGCGAGAAGGCGAAGAGGCUGUACAAACGGGUGGCCUCGUUCGUUAACGGCGAUGGUGGUGAUCACAAGGAGGAGACUGUGGAGUGAAAGGUGCUGGAAACAAUGAGAAAUGUCGGGGGGCGAUUACAGUCUUUCGUUUACUUUUUUGCCUGUGGUGACUACAGUUCCAGUCGUCGUCAAAAUCAAAUUGUCGCUUUUACAUUCUUGGGCACGGCAAUUGUGGGUAGCUUUUUCACGAAUUCCUGGUUAUUUAACUGUUAUUUUCUGU